AUGGUACUAGGCGCUAUACAAACAGCUGGAGUUAUAGGAGUUAAGAUUGCUAAUGAAAAAGGAAUAACGUGGCCUAAAACAACGUUGGGAAUCAUCCCAACCGUUAUAUUGUUGUGCGGAUUUAUUCCUCAGUUUUAUGAAAUAUAUCGUGCGAAAAUGGUCCAAGGAGUUUCUCUAAUAUUUAUUGCACUUGACAUAUCUGGAGCGGCUUUCUCGACCUUGAGUUUGC